ACCCGAUAUUCGCACUGACAUUCUUGAUAAGCAGCUGGGUGCCGAGUUUGAUCGACAUCAUCCUCCAAUCAACAUUUCUUGCUGCCCUCUUGAUGUUUUGGCUGUGCGCUUAUCAUGGAGUUAGGCAGAUUAAGCGAAAAUUUUCCACGUUUUACCUUCCAAAGUUGUUUCUGGUGUUGAGUUUGUGGUUCGUCGUCGUUUUCUACUCGUGCUGGCAUAGGUUGAAAGACCUUAAUGACCCGACAGUGGACGGAAAUAACUUGUGCAACAAAUGGGGACCCUUUUUGAUGCAACUGAACGUACCUGUUGUAAAAGUUAUCUGAAAGAAUCUAGGGUAGCAAGUUAAAAAUCAUUUGCAAAGUUUCGAAGAAGCUUACAGUAAGAAGCACCAUUAUCAUUAUUUAUACGAAGUUCUUAAAAUAGGAGUAUUGCAUUUUGAAGUUUGAUACCUUACACAUUAAAGGUGAAUUCGCUAACUGGAAGCAGAUGUCUUCGAUACGCAGAGUAUAUAAAGAUUGAGUUUGGAAGAAUAAAAUUCAAUGUAAACUGUUCAUUAAGUCGUGGUCGGUCGUUGAAGUAUCUGGAUAUAUACAUCCAUAAUGAUGAAGAAGUUAUCUUUCGUUGUCGUGUUGUUUGGUCUGUUUUGCAACGUUGCCUUCUCAGCUGUCGGCCAGGUAAGCAUCGGCGAUUCAAACAUCGCUGGUUUGGGAACUGAUUUAGAGAGAUCUGUCAAAUUGACCUCCGCCAGAACAGAGAGGGCCUGGGCAGAAGCUGGCAAAGCAGUUGGUUUGCUGAUAUGGAGGAUCGAGAAAUUCAAAGUGGUGGCCUGGCCAAAAGUGAAGUACGGACAGUUUCACGAGGGAGAUUCCUACAUCAUCCUCAACACUCGUUACAAAUCUUCAACAUCAAGAGAUUAUGAAUACGAUCUUCAUUUCUGGAUCGGAAAGGACAGCACACAGGACGAAUACGGAGCAGCUGCGUACAAGACAGUAGAGUUGGAUACCUACCUUGGCGACAAGCCUAAGCAAUACCGAGAAGUUCAGGGCGAGGAAUCUUCUCUUUUCAAGAGUCACUUCAACAACAACAUCAGAUAUCUUCCGGGCGGAAUGGCCUCAGGUUUCAGAAAAGUGGAGCCCGUUGUUUACUUGCCACGGUUGAUCAAGUUCUCAGGUAGCAGGCAGAACGUAAAAACUGAAGAGAUUCCUCUGAAAGGUGCAACGAUAGACGGCGGCAACUGUUACAUCCUCGACUUGGGCCUCACCGUGUAUCAGUUGAAUGGAGCCGGCAGCAACAAAGACAACAGAUACAAGGCUCUGGAGUUUUUGCAGAAAAUAAAAUCCGAGAGAGGUAGAGUGAAGACGGAAACGUUUGAAGGAUCAGAAAUGAACCCAGACCACAUCUUCAUGAAAACUUUGAAAAGAGAAUCAGGAAUAAACUUCGAGCACGGAGCUGAAUACACAUAUAGCCCAACUUUAUUCCAAUCGAAGACGGUGACGAACAGGGCUGAUGUUGUGAAAGCCAAGGAAGGAAACAUCAGGAGGUCUGAUCUUAAAAGUGAUGAUGCCUUCGUGUUGGACACCGGCAAGGAUCUCUUCGUCUGGUACGGGUCGACCUCCACUAAGGAUGAAAGAGAUAAGGCUCUCAGUUUUGCUCAUAAUCACCUGAGAGUUUCGAAACAUUCGAUGAUUCCCAUGAACGUGAUUGACGAGAAGCAGUUGACCUCCCCAAGUUACAUCAAGCCUGCAUACUUCGAUAUCUCACUUAGUGCUUGAGUUCAUCACUAACAUUCUUCAGAUAGGGAUGCUGAUGAGGAUGAUAUUUUUGUUGUUGUUGAUGAUGUUUUCAAAUUUAAACAACAAUGAUAUGAGGUCAUUUGAUCUGCUGGUUGGCUGCUUAUGAAUGUUCUAUGAAUAAUUUUCGCGAGCCAUUCAAUUGUUCGCUCUUUUGUUAAAAUAUACUUGGAUUAUUACAUUUAAA